CUCUCAAUUCGGUAUCAGUUUGCAAUCGAUCCUCCCGGGGAUAGCACAAGAAUCGAAGCCCAAGCUCGAAGCACGAAAUCAUAAUUUUAUUCAUUAUGUUGAAGUUUGCCUGUUUCCUUGCCCUGGUGGCUUUGGCCUGUGCCGUACCACAGCUCAACCCUGGCUCCCGACAACCUGCACCGUUCGGACUGGUUCGCAAUGUCCGUAAUGUGGACAGUGUUGAAGCGACAAAGGUAACGGAUGCAGCUAACGCACCUGAGACGACGGCGAUCGAUGGCGAGGCGAAGGACGAUAUGGAUAAGGCCGAAACGUUCGGGUUCGGCUACCAUCACCACUACUAUCCUUCCUAUGGCUACGGAUAUGGAGGGUAUGGAGGAUAUGGCUACGGAGGAUAUGGUGGCUACGGAUACGGUGGCUAUCCUGCGUACGGUGGCUAUGGAUACGGAGGAUAUGGCGGUUAUGGCUAUCCGUACAGCUCCGGCUACGGCUAUGUGUACUAGAUCGACGCUUUGAUUGCUUAACGUUUGCGGAACGAUCGCAAGCAAUUCGUUCACUGUACCUGUUCAUUACUUGAAAUAUUUCAUGUGUAUAAGUAAAUUUACAUGCAAAUACGAUCACUUCAAAUCUAACAGAAUCUAUUUUGCAACUGUGAAUAAAUCUGUAUUAAUAUAACUAAA